AUGACUAUUUCGACAACGACAAGCAGUAAACACAAGACUACAGUACUCAGGACAGCAACGGCUCAGGCAUUUCGGCUCAAACUUACUGCUGUGGCUUCUACAACUACGAACGCGCCACCACUGCCCCGAUCCGCUAGCAGUACGCACAAGACAAUCGGCAAGGGCAGCCACUACGACAACAGAGGCAAGCUCGGGCUUUACGUUCUGUUCCGUUCGCUUUCGGUGACUACGACUACGACUCCGGCAGCAAGCUGCACGUGCAGUUUCGCCCGUCUAUUACGACUAACUGCGACAUCAGCAGCGGGCUCUACGUGGGGCUCCGUUCACUUUCACCAACUGCAACUCGGUAUCGAUCACUCUCACGACAACUAUUACGACGUCGGCAGCGGCCUGGACACGCAGCCCCGCUUGCUGUCGAAGGCUACCAUCUUAUUUUCGUCCCUGCACUACGACUACAAGUUGAACAUCGGGCUGGUCGUGCCGCUCCACGAAUUGACCGAGAGCGUUCCUCUGCUCAUUGAUCCGUCAGCCAAGUACUCAGCGCCGGCCAAGACACCGUGCUCCCCGACGUCUCCGGAAACGAUCCGCCAGCGAACCACCCCAAACCCAGCUUACGGCACCAGCGACUCCCAGGACCCCGAAACCAGCCAAACCUACCCGACUACUCCUGACGACCAGUACAGCCCAAGCACCGAGGCUGCGGACGCCCAGCACUACCAGAUCAUCGAGCUCCCGGAGAAGCAGGAGACAAUCCCCUACCAGCCGCAGCCCGAUGUACCUGCUACGGGUGUAUACUGGAACAGCGGAGGACGCGAGUCGGACCGGUUCAACGAUGACAACGGCCGUGACAGGCGCCACCACCACCGCCGUCCCGCACGCACCGUGGACUACCAGAACUACGCGAAGACCGACACUCCGGAGGACACCCCCUACCAGCCGCAGCCUGCUACACGUAGACGCUGCAACCAUGGUGGACGCGAGUCUGGCCGCUUCGAGGAUGACAACGGCCGUGCUACGCCAUCUACGGGUAGACGCUGGAACCAUGGUGGACGCGAGUCUGGCCGCUUCAGCAACGACAACGGCCGUGACGGACGGCACGACCACCGCCGUCAACCCGCGCGUACUGAGGACUACCGUGGACCUGGUAGAUAUGAUCGGCCGAACCGACCGGGUCCGGUCGGUGACAAGCAAUAUGUAAAGCCGGAGUACGCACACAAGCACGACCCGAAGCCGGAGGACAAGAAGAGGGUGGGUCCACCUCGCGACGACCCCCCGAAGCCGCAACUUCGCUCGGCUGGUGGACCUGGUGCCUACCCGGCGCAGUAG